UCAGCUUCCAGGAAUUGUGUACAGAUCCUUGCGACACGGGGUUGUGCAUUACCGUGAUGGUCGGCGGAUGAAUGACACGACAAUGUGCCUCAGGAUCUGGUCAUGUUAUCGCUUUGCAUUCAAAUUGCCAUCGAUAAAAUGCAAUUAUCUUCGUUGUCCGUAGUUUAUGCCUGCCGAUACCAAAGGCCACUCUGUUCACAACGCUGACAUAAUUAAACCGCUCACCCACUCGACACCAUUGGUACAGUUGAAGCUGGGAUUCAUCCGUGAAGAGCACACUUCUCCAGUGUGCCAGUGGCCAUCAAAGGAGAGCAUUUGCCCACUGAAGUCGGUUACGACCCCAAACUGCAGUCAGGUCAAGACCCUGUGGCCCAUUCCCUGCGCUACUUCUACACAGCCUCCUCAGGAAUCCCAGACUUCCCUGAGUUUGUGGACAUGGGGAUGGUGAAUGAUCAGGUCAUUAGCCGCUAUGACAGCAUCACGAAGAGGAAGGUCCCCAAGCAGAGCUGGAUGGAGAUGGUUUUUGACCAGCAAUACUGGGAUAGCACCACAGAGAACCUGAGAGAAGCAGAGCAAGUUUCCAAAGUCAACAUUCAGAUAGCACAGAAGCGUUUCAAUCAUACAGAGGGCAUGCACAUUAACCAGGAGAUAUAUGGCUGUGAGUGGGAUGAUAAGACAGGAUUCACAGAAGGGUUUCACCAUGUUGGAUAUGAUGGGAAAGAUCUCCUGGCAUAUGACCUGCAGAGAGCGACAUGGAUUGCCUUCGUCCCGCAAGCAGUCCACUCCAAAAUGAAGUGGGAAAGUGACAAGUCUGCCAUUGAGAUGGAGAGACACUACCUCACCCAGACCUGCAUUGAGUGGUUGAAGAAGUAUCUGGACUAUGGGAAGAGUACUCUGCAGAGGCCAGUCCCUCCAUCAGUGUCUCUGCUCCAGAAGACCCCCUCCUCUCCAGUGACCUGCCACGCUACAGGUUUCUACCCCAGUGGAGUCAUGGUGGUCUGGCAGAAAGACGGACAAGAUCACCAUGAAGAUGUGGAGAAUGGAGAGAUUCUCCCCAACGAUGAUGGAACCUUCCAGAAAAGCACACACCUCACAGUGACGUCUGAGGAGUGGAAGAACAACAAGUAUCAGUGUGUGGUUCAGGUCACUGGUAUCAAGGAGGACUUCAUCAAGGUUCUGACUGAGUCUGAGAUCCAGACCAACUGGGGUGACCCAGCCCCCAACAUUGUCCCCAUCAUUGGAGGGGUGGUGGCUCUCCUCUUGGUCGUUGUUGUUGUUGGGGUCGUGAUUUGGAAGAAGAAGAGCAAGAAAGGCUUUGUUCCGGCCAGCACUUCUGACACUAACUCUGGGAAAGGUGCCCAGAAGACUUGAUAAACCUCUGCACUUCUGUGACAUCAGAGAGCUGAAGAGGACAGCAAUGUAAUGGAAACAACAGACGUUUGACUUCUCAAGAACAUAACACAUACAUAUACUUACACAUCAGUCUCACACACAAGCGCGCACACACACUGUUAACACAUAAUCCAUAUUCAAAAAAGAUCUGCUGUCAGAAAUAUUCUUUGGUGAUUUCCUUAAAUUUUACUUUCAUUUAAUUGAUGGUUUGGCUUUUGAAAAGUUGUGCUGUAAUUUUGUUGAAUUAUACAAUGUAAUAUUACCACUGUGUGAGAUGUAUCUCAAGUCGUACAGGUAUAUUAGAACCAAUGGAACACUCAGACGUACAGGUAAAUUUAAAAUGUGAAUUAAUAUUAUUCUGCAAAUAAACAAAUUAGCUUGAUUUUCCCCUAACUGAAGCCACCAAAACAAUCACAUUUAAAAUAUAAUUUUUCUGUGAACUGGAAAAACAUAAUUAUUUUGUUUGGUGUAGCUUCAUAUAUAUAUGUUUUGGUGGUAUAAGAUACAGUAAUUGUGUGACGUUAAAGCUUUGCGCACAAUAACUUGUUUAAUUGUAUAACUAUAAGCUAGACAAGGCCUAUCCACAUGUUACAUUUGUACAUAUUUCACUUGAAGUGCUGGUAUUUUUCUUUCUUUUUGGGCCAGUAGGUUCUGUAGAAUAAGUUGGUGAUGGGUCAAGUUGAACAACUUUUAUUGCAAGUGUUUGUGCUUUGUACAUUAUGGAUGCUCUACACAUAAAGCAAUGAUCUACCAAAUCUAAUGCAAGUCAAAUGUAUUGGUCACAUAUUCUACAAGUGGAGGAGAGAUUGAUUUCAUCACAGCUUUUAUUUAUGAGAGGUAUUGACGUGUUUAAUGCACCGAGCUGUCUGUCUAAACUACUGGCACACAGCUCGGACAUCAUGCAUACACUACAAGACAAACCACAAGGGGUCUCUUCACAGUCCCCAAGUCCAGAACAGACUAUGGGUGGCACACAUUACUACAUAGAGUCAUGACUACAUGGAACUCUAUUCCACAUCAAGUAACUGAUGCAAGCAGUAAAAUUAGAUUUUAAAAACAAAAAAACACCUUAUGGAACAGUGGGGACUGUGAAGCAACACAAACAUUGGCACACACACAAUAACAUACGCUAGAACUGUAGAUAUGUGGUGGAGUAGAGGCCUACACAGUGUGUUGUAAAUGUAUAGUAAAGUUUAAAAAUUGUAUAAACUGCCUUCAUUUUACAGGAAGAGUAAUGGGGAGCCAUAAUAAAUAUAAAAACAUA